CAUCUUGUCAAUAGAUGGUUCAAAUUUUAAAGAAAUUAUUCUCACGAAUAAGUUUAACCAGUUAAAUUAUUCGCGAGAAUUGUUUCUUUAAAAUUCGGACCAUUCAACACACAUUUAAACGUCUAAAAUUGAUCGGCUCCGCAAACACCCAAAUCAAGGAGCGUCCAUGAAUUAGAUUUUCUCAUCUCAUAUAGCUAUCAUAUUUGGGGCUCACUUGAAUAUCAACUAACAAGAACAUUCCAGUUUACCUCACAAUCUCCUUUCUCUUCACAUCUAAGGGCUGCUCAGGUUGCAACAAAAUAGAAACAAUGGCAGAGGGUGCUGUGUUCCAACUUCUACGCAACUUCGCACCCUAUCUCCAGGAAGAGGUAAACCUGUUAACCGGAGUGCGGGAAGAGAUUGAAUUCAUUAGAGCCGAAUUCGAGCGCAUGACAAAUUUCCUCAGAGUAGCUGAUGCUGUGGAAGAGAGAAACCUGGAACUCAAAGUAUGGGUGAAGCAAGUUCGAGAAGCUGCAUAUGACACUGCAGAUGCUCUUGACAUGUACAUGCUUCGCCUUGGACAUCAACAUGGCGCCGGAUUCUGCGGGUUUCUUCUCAAGGUUUCUUGCUUUAUUAAGACUUUGAAAGCUCGCCACCAAAUUGCUUCUGAAGUAAAACAAAUCAAGUCCAAAUUUGCUGAUAUUUCAGAGGGUCAUCGAAGAUAUAGUAACAUAUAUGGCACAAUAGAGCAAGGCUCAAGCUCCACUCAUUCAGGGAUUGCAUGGUAUGAUGGUCGGAGCGACGCCCUUCUACUCCAAGAAGCUGACCUUGUGGGCAUCGACAAGCCCAAAUCACAAUUGAUUAAGUGGCUAGUGGAUGACGAUCCUCAACUCAAGGUGAUUUCGGUAGCGGGAAUGGGUGGGUUGGGCAAAACCACCCUUACUAGAAAGGUCUACGAUGAUGCAACAGUGAAGAGGCGCUUUCAAACCCAUGUUUGGAUCACUGUUUCUGAAGCAUUCAAGGUCGAAGAGCUUUUAAAGGACAUGAUUCGGCAACUCUGUGAAGAAGUCAGGCAACCUCUCCCACUAGGAAUGGACAAUAUGGAUACAAACAGACUAAAAAGAACAAUUAAUGAUUUUCUGCAGCAGAAGAGGUAUGUGUUUGUUUUGGACGAUGUAUGGAGUAUUCAUGUGUGGCAAUUUUUCAAAAUUAUAUUUCCUGAAUGCAAUUGUGGCAGCCGAAUAGUCCUAACAACGAGAAAUGGUGAUUUAGCCUCUUUCGCUAGUAAAGAAUAUCAUGGUUUGGUUCAUACUCUACAACCCUUGUCUCGCGAACAAUCGUGGGAGUUAUUUUGCAAGAAGGCAUUUCAUGGGAAUCCUUGUCCCUCAUAUUUGGAAGAUCUUUCAAGACACAUCUUGAAAAGAUGUGAGGGUUUACCACUUGCAAUUGUGGCAAUCGGUGGUCUUUUAUCAACGAAGGAGAACAGUCUUGAUGAGUGGGAGAGGAUUUACCGUGGUCUUGGAGCGGAACUAGAAAGCAAUGACAAACUCAUGAGCAUGAGAAAGAUAUUGUCCCUCAGUUACUUUGAUCUACCUUACUAUCUCAAGUUAUGUUUUCUAUACUUGAGUAUUUUUCCUGAAGAUUUUUUUAUUGAUCACAUGAGAUUAAUUCGGUUGUGGGUGGCAGAAGGAUUUGUAGAAGUGAAAGAAGGAAUGACAAAAGAAGAAGUUGCUGAGCGGUACGUCAAUGAGCUAAUCAAUAGAAGUUUAGUUCAAGUGGCAGAGAAGGGGCGUGGUUGGAGGUCGAAAAGUUAUCGAAUCCAUGACCUUUGGCGUGAAAUAGUUGUUUCAAAGUCGAGAGAGCAAAACUUUGUGUCACUAGCCAGUGCCGAGAAGGUGCGACGCAUAUCAGUACACACUAAUUUGGACGACAUACAAAUCAAUUGCUUUACUCGACUUCGUUCUUUGCUUGUGUUUAGCGUAGAAAACCCACUGUCCAUGUUGUCAAAAGUUGUGUCGUUAGGAAAGGGGGCGAGUUUAUUAACAGUGCUAGACUUGAGAGGUACAGAUUUGAAAACAUUUCCCAAAGGAAUCAUGAAGCUAGUUCAUCUUACUUAUCUAAGUUUAAGGGGGACCAAGGUAAAAUUGAUACCGAAGUCAAUUGGAAACCUCAAGAAACUAGAAACAUUGGAUCUCAAGUUGACACGUGUUAAAGAGUUGCCAGAAGAGAUACUGAAGUUGCAAUAUCUUCGUCAUCUCUUAUUGCGUGGUGACAAAAGAUUGAGUGGCUGUUACUAUGGGUUUCACUCUUUAUCUGGAUUCAAAGCCCCAAAAGGAAUAGGGAGCUUGACAUCCUUGCAGAAAUUAUGUUACAUUGAGGCAGACAAUGGAAGUAACAAUAACAUUGUGUUGAGCGAGCUUGGGAAGCUGACUCAACUGAGGAAGUUGCACAUUUUAAGACUACCACAGGAAGAUGGAAAGGUGCUAUGUUCAUCCCUUGAGAAGCUAAACAACCUUCAAUCGUUGUGUGUUGGUGCAAAAGAGGAAGAUGAGAUCAUUGAUCUAGAUUCUUUGUCUUCGGCGCCUCGACGACUUCGGACGCUCUAUUUAAAAGGACGCCUGCAAAAUCUACCCCACUGGAUACAUUCACUUCACAACCUAACGAGAGUAUGCUUAUGGUGGAGUAAGUUAAGGGAUGUUGAUCCACUGCAAUCCUUUCAAGACUUGCCCAAUUUGGUUUGCCUUGAUCUCGAGUUGGCUUAUGAAGGAGAAGGAUUAUGUUUCAAGGCAGGUGGGUUUCAAAGCCUCAAAUGUUUAUGGUUGAAUCAAAUGGAAGGAUUAAAAUGGGUGAGAGUGGAGGCAGGCUCAAUGCCUCUUCUUGAAAAGCUCUAUCUCUACAAUUGCAAAUCGAUGAAGAAGUUGCCCUCAGGGAUUGAAAAUCAGACCAACCUUAAACGUCUUGACUUGGCUGAUUUGUCAGAUAGCUUGAUUGCAAGUUUGAAUAGAGACUUAAAAGGUGGGGAUUAUUGGAAAAUUUCACACAUCUCUGAUGUCUGGAUUUGGGAAAGCAAGUUGGGCUUUUGGAAAAGAACUUAUCUACAAAAUGGUGGAGAGCAGGAGGGAUGAUGAUCUUUGAGAUCGACAUAUCUUCAUUUGCGGCGUCCUAUUUAUAUUUUUGUAUUUUAGGAUUUUUUGUGUACUUGACAACUUAUUUGUAAAAUCCUACUGCAAAUAAUGGAUUUAGUGUUUUAUUUUUCGUUC